AUGCUUCAGCUGCGCGUGGCUGCGGUGCUCAUCUCCGAACCGUUGGUAGUUGACGCCGCGGUGGAGUCUCGUUGGAACAGAGUGGCCGUGAACGAGCUGCUUGUGGCCGAGCUGAGCCGCGACUACCACAACAGUCAGCUGGCGUGUGUGGCCAACAACAACAACGUGACCUCGCCGUCUACCACCGCCUUCACACUGGUCAUGAGCUUGCGCCCCCUCGUGACCCGCCUGGAGCACCCGCCGCGGUCCUUGAGGGUGGGAAGACAGUACCACAUCCUGUGCGUGACCGCAGGCUCUCGGCCCCACCCAAACAUUACCUGGACCCUUGGCAAUGUGGCCUCCAUCUCCCCCCUGCUGGCCGAGACUCAACACGAGGUCAACGUAAGUUCUUCUCGCGUGGCUCUGGUAGCGUCCCGCCGCCACCACGGGCAGCGACUCUCCUGCACGGCGCUCAACCCUCGCUUCCCCGACCACCCCCUCACAGACUCUCUCCUGCUCAACGUGACAUGUGAGUGCGUAGGGGGCGUGGGUUAGAGCACCACUAUUGG